UUUUUCAUUUCCCUAAAGUAUUAAAAUUGAGUCUAUAAAACCCACCACUUCAUAACCCUCAACAAUCCCUUUCAUCAUUUUGUUUUCACACUGUUAUUAAUGUCAUCAUCAUUAACAUUUUCUUAUUUUGUGCCUAAGGUGUUUGAUGAAAGUUCCCACUGAAAAUCAUUAUCAUUUUACUACAAAAAAAACUUAUCUACAAAAUUGAUCAUUCCAAAGCACUCUUUAAUUGGAUAACCUUGUGUCAUAGAGGUUUUAAUCUCCUUGUUAUUGCAGCUUUUCUUGUAACUACCUUUUCCUAAGUUCUUUUAACCUAAACCAAAUCUUUCCCUCUUUGUUGUCCCAAAAAUAUGGCCCCUUCAACAACCACAAAGAAAACCUCAAGGACCACCAAAACUACAACAGGAAGAAGAACAAGAACAAGAACAAGACAACCUAGAACAACAUGCUACAAGAAGAACAAAAAACAGGAAGUGAUUAAGGUUAACAAGGUUUUGCCUUCUAGCUGUGUGACAAAAAGCUCACAAGAAUCUUCAAAGGAAGAAAUUUCUGAGGUAAUUGAUGUUUCUAUUAGUAACAGUGCAUGUUCAACACCAAAGGGUCAGAAAUUUAGGAUACCAGAGAUUUCAACAUGUCCUCCAGCACCAAAGAAACAAAGGGUAGUUUCAAAUUGUUCUUUGAGAAGGUCACCACUUUCAUUCUUUGUACCUCCUGAUUUGGAUAACUUUUUCUUGGUCACACUUCCUGAUGUUUCUGUUUGAUUAUUGUUGUGUGUAUGUUAAUAGCAAGAUACAUAUAAAAUAAUCACACUUUUGAAGAUGGCCUUUUGAAGUGGUUUUCAUAGGAAAUGAGAGAAGCAUAAAUGUUUUAGGAAGUUUUUUUUAGAUUUUGGUGUGUUGAGGUUAGGAAACAGUUAGUGCAUGUAUGUUUGGAUGAGCAGAGAGGUUGAUAAAAUCGCAGUGGCUCGCUGCGAUUCUAUACAACUCUCGCUGCGAAUUCGAACAUGCAAUUAGCUUGCUCUUUUGUUUAGUUUAUGCUAAUUUUAGCUUUUGUAGCAAGUUGUAGUUGUAGGGUUUGGUAGUUACUGAAUUUAGAUGGAAUGGUUCUCCAACUAAAUUUAUAUUUGUAAGAUUACUUUGUUUUUUUUUACUUCUCAUAGAAGAUAUGUACUGACUUUUAUUUAUACUUAAGUGUGAUGAGUGCAAAUGUAAUGGUUUGGUUUUGAGAA